CGGAAACAACCUAUGCUUUCCGGGCAUCCUUUUACCACCAUAUACCUCGCCAUAAAGUAUUUCGCAGAAAAUUAGUGGUUCCUGUUCCUGUUUAUGAAGCAAAUAUGACGUCUGGACUGAGUGGAUUGCGAUUUGGCCGACAGGAGCCAUCAAACCAUCAGCACUCAUGGAAGAUAAGCCCAACCAUUUUGGCUCCCGCAGGUGCUACAGAAGAGGAAAUCCAGAUUCCGGACCCCGCGAUCUUUAGAGGAAUUUCCAUCCCUCCUAGUCGUACACCCGGAGCUCUCGUUGCCUCAGACAUAGGCAAAGUCGACCUUCUGUACCCAUCAACUAACCACCUAGCAAUGCACCUAUGCCUCAUUGAAUGUUUCUAUAAGCUAAGAAACGAUGUGAUGCACUCCAAGGACCUGGACGCUGUCAUCGGACCAACCGCACCCCGUUUUGCCUCAGCAGAAAAUACUCAAAGCUCCAAAUCACAUCCGACGGCUGCAGAUGCGGAGAUGGCGCGUACAAGCCAGAUAAGGAAAUGGGAACUCUUUAUAAAGGCAGCCGUGGGCCGCUUUGACCUUUGGUGGCAAAAUAUCGACAAAGUACUACGACAUGCAAAAGCAUACAACACUGUCCCUGCCGCAGCGCAGCAGGGCAGGAGUACUCUCUCCAAAAACUAUCUUCCUCCAUUAGAUGUGCUACUAGUAUGGUACAGCUACAUUCUCCAUCCUUCCUACUUUUCUGAUUCUGUGGAAUUUGGUAAACAAAAUGCAUUCAUGCUCUGCUUUCCUUGGCACGCACUCUACGAAGUCAUCGAUCAGAGGACACUUAAUUACAACUUGCCGACUGCGGCAGCAAAUAUGUUCAAGACCAUGUCGUCACAAUCUGUGGACCUGAUUUCUUGUCUUGCGUCCCCACCGCCGUACACCGCGUCGAUGGGCGCCCAGUACUCAAUUCACCUGGAAGAUGCAGUCGCCAUGCAAGAGAGCUUUGUUAAUGACACACAUGAGCUUCUCUGGCUCCGCUCGCCAGCAUGCCCUGGAUCAUUGACCCGCUGCCUGGAGAGAUAUAAAAGGUUUCUUCUUCUCGUACAACUGCAUCCAGACAGACGUGCUAGUUUAGUGCCAACAUGGGAUAUUGAACUUGCUUUGAGAACGCAUCAACUUUAUGCAGACAAUUUUCAGACGUUCACCAGCCGGCCUUUUGGAAGAGACUUGGAUUACGCCGAAGUCGCGAGACCCUUGGAGACCGAGAAAUCUACCGCAAAUAAUACAUCAGAGACCAAUACUGCUGAUUUAUGGAAGAGGCAGUUCGCACAGCCAUAUACCUGUUGUCUCUGCUGGGCUUGCGAGUGUGUCAAGGAUGCCAGUAGCGGCAGUGAAGGGGAGGUAUCUACGAGCAACCUCUCCCAGAAGCGUAUAAAAGAAAUCCAGAAGGCGCUCCAGUUCUGCGUGUCCGUUGAGAGGGCACGAGAGUCUGGAGACCGGCUGCCGGCUCCUCCUCGUCAAGCCAAGAAGACGGACGACAAGUGGGAACUAGAUUGGGGUCACGGCUGGCGAGAAGUGGUUGUCAAAGGCAAAUUUGAUGAGCAUGGGAAUCCUGUUAAGAAGGUUGUGAGGGAGAAAGGGUACACUUGGCACAUCAACUGGAUGAUGGGAGCAACAUAACGCGUGUGGUCUGGGAUACAAUCUAAUGAAUUAUGAAUUUUACUAUAAUGUACUGCACUUCCAGUUGUCCUCCAUUUGAAUGUAUUGCUUCCAUAUUAUAGUAAUAUUAUAUAUCAGACCUUUAAAAAUGU